AUGGAUGAUACGAAUGGACAAGUAGUAGCUGAUGGCAAUGGCCGAGGAAAUCGAUUGGAUCAAUUGAAUAAUCCAACUGAUGUGUUGAUCGACAAAGAGACGGAUAGUCUCAUUAUUUGUGAUCAAGAGAAUCGACGAAUCGUACGAUGGUCUCGUCGUAGUGGCACAACUCAAAGAGAAAUCCUCCUCGACAACACCGCUUGUCGAGGAUUGGCCAUGGAUGAUCAGAGAUAUCUCUACAUCUCUGACACCGAAAAAAGUGAAGUAAGACGAUAUCAAAUAGGAGACAAGAAUGGAACUAUCGUGGCUGGCGGCAAUGGCAAAGGUGCUAGUCUCAAUCAACUCAACACGCCGAGAUACGUCUUUGUCGAUCAACAACAGACUAUCUACGUGUCAGACAGUGACAAUCAUCGUGUAAUGAAAUGGAAUAAAGGUGCAAAAGAAGGAGUUGUCGUCGCUGGAGGUCAAGGCAAAGGAGAUGCUCUGACACAAUUGUCGUAUCCUGAAGGACUAUUCGUCGAUACAUUGGGAGUUACUACAUGUUUUGUUAAUUCGGUUCUGCUCGUUCAAAUCAAUCAUUUUCUAUCAUCUUGUGAGGAUUGUUAUUUAUAUGAAUGUAUUAAUGAUGAACAACCAACAAUUCGUACAUUAACUGGAACAAAAAUUAUAUUAUCUCAACGUCAAUGA